AUGUCUCCCACGCUGCCUGAGCUGCGUAGCGGCGCGCCUCGGCCCUCAGAGAGUCGCGCUGCCAAGACCGUUCCGCGGUCGUUCAUGGCAGAAGACACUGGCGAUCAGCCUGCCUCUCCUUCGUGUUCGUUCUCUCCUUCGUGUUCGUUCUCUCCUCGUUCGUUCUGUCCUUCUUCAUCUCUUGCUGCGAUUCCCCGGAGGCAGGCCCGCACGACGACGCCUGCAGGACUCGGCGGCAAGACAGACAGCAGAGGGGAGGGAGGCGAAAGUGACCGGGGCGCGGUCGCCCUGACACAGACGGCGACGGACAGAGGAGAAAAGGAGACAGGCCGGCCUCUGAAAAAAGGUUCGGCUGCGCAUCCGGCACAGGAACUGAAACGGCGAGGCGAGAAAGACACCUGGGGGUAUCCAGCAGCCGAAAGCGACGGGGCAAGGGAGGCUGGGAGUACAUCCGUGUCGCGUAGUAAAGAAGGAAAGAAGGACGACAAGGCCUCGCAAGACCUGAAGAAGAAAGAGAGAAACAUGAAGGGCACGUCACCAGGAAAGGCUCCGUCUCCAGGCGCCAAGCGCGUGCCUCCGCAACCCACUGAUGAGGAACGCCCACAGGUGGUUCCUGAGAGCAGAACUCGGGGAGGAGCCAGAGAAAGGGAGAGAGAGGAGAGGAAGACGCCGUCGAAGAGGGUCACUGAAAUACCGGAACUGGCAUCCUUUCUCGGCGACGUGUGGUCUCCUCAGUCGCCGUGGAGCCCCGGCAGCAGCACGCGUUGCAGCACAGUCGGCCGUGAGACGUCUGCUUCUUCACAUGGUCUCUCUCCUGCUUACUGUCCUGGUUGGGUCUCCGAGGCACGUGGUCCCCUCCCUCAGUCCGCUCCGCAGGCGAGAAGGGAGGGCGGAGCGCCGCGUACUGACCGGCUGCUUCGCAUUCUUCAGCGACGCAGUGCUCACCAGCACGCUGAGAAGAGACAGCAGAAGUCGUCUUCCCCUCCGCCCGGGAAACGAAGCAUCGGGGCGCCGAGUUCGUCUCUCCCCAGAACUGAGGCAGCCUCCGUUUCUGGCUUAAAUCGUCCUCUGCCGCUGUCUUCUUGCCCGAGCGCUUUUCGCCUCGCUGUCUCUCCUGGAGGGAUCCAGGUAGACCCUAUCAAAAAGGGGGGCGAGGCAAAUGUCUCAUUCCAAGAAGAUGCCUUUGAGGCGACAGCGGCGAGAGGGCGAGGACCGCCGGACGGCCAGUGCAUUCCGCCUCAUAAUCUCGAGUGGGUGGGAGAGCGUGGCGUGGCGCCUGUCAGCAACGGAAUUUUCCCUCCUUUUGGCGGCCUCGGCCAGCUACAGGGAGGCGGAAUCGCCGGGUCCAGACUCGGUCAGUUCGGAGCCAAGCAUCUGCUUCUCACCAAGCUCAUCGACAAUCUCGAAAUCGCCAAGAGACAACUAAGGCCACGGUUGUGGGGCGAGAAUACCAUCUUCUCUACGAGUUUGAACGGGCAAGGCAACAGUGGCACGCCGAGACGACUGUUCAAAGACAGGACAGACAAGGGGAAACGGCCGAUCAAGCUUCGACCUCCGGAGAGUGCCCCCGUGGCGUUGCAGCGGACGCUCCAGUUGAGCGUCCUGCCUCGCCACGAGGAGAAGGAUCCAGCUCGGCAGCUGCGCGUUCACUCGAAUCUCCACAGAGAAUGGAGCAGAAGCGCAAUUCUCGGGUUGCGUCUGCCUGCAAUUCAGUCUCUUCCAGACGCCCUUCAAGCGACGAAGAAAACGGAGAAAAAGAACAUUCAACGUCUGGGGCGUCUGAGAAAAAGAAGUCUGUAA